ACAGUAUAAGAUGGCCCAAAAUUUGACCUCAAGUGAGCAGGAGGUAAUGAAACUCUUCGACUUAUUUCAAAAUUACCAUGUGAGAAGAACAGACAAAUUGGAUGUCCAGGAAACAAAAAGGGUGUUGAGAGAAUUUUUUCCAAAUUUUAUGAAGGCAUUGAAUGCAAGUGGUAUUAAGAUACUGAAUGACUUGGAGAAGGAGAUAACCCUUGAUGAGAUUUGGGACAUGAUUGGAAGAAUGGCCAUGGCGUACAAUAAGAAGAACAGCAAUGCCCUCAAAGAUUAGCCUCACAGCAAUGUGCUUUUCCUUGAAGAAGGUGGGCAUAGCCAUGGCCAGAGCUCCUAAGUAGGAAUUCUGCUCAUGUUUCUUCUGCCCAACCAGUGCUACAGAAAUUUAAUGUCACAGGCAUUAACAUUGUGUGUGUGGGUGCAAGUUUCAGGAGAAUAAAAUCUUCACACCAGUGCUCUCC